AACAAAUACAAAGAGAUGGAACUCAAAGAUCAAGUCGUGCUGGUUACAGGUUCUUCUCGAGGUCUUGGUUUGGCCAUUGCACGCGCGUUCCGUCGUGAAGGAUCUUAUGUGGUGCUCAACUAUUUUAGAUCUGACCCAGAGACCAUCGAACUACUCGCCAAAGAUCUGGAUGCGGUGGCUGUGCGAGCAGACGUCACUGACCCUACACAAGUCAAAGCUCUCUUUGCCGCCGCGGAGAAUCACUACGGUAGACCCAUUACUACGGUGGUCAACAACGCAAUCGUGGGGAACUUUGCGUUCAACGGCGACGCGAGACCCAAGAUUGCAGAUCUGUCAUGGUCUCAUUUCGACACGCAGUUGCAAGGCUUCCUCAAGGGUACACUAAACACCACACAAGCGGCGAUUCCGGGGUUCGAACUCUCUGGUUUCGGUCGCAUCAUCAACAUCGGCACGAACCUGUUUCAGAACCCCGUGGUGCCCUAUCAUGAUUACACGGCGGCCAAGGGGGCUCUACUGGCGUUUACCAGGACUUCGGCCGCUGAUCUUGGGCCCAAGGGUGUAACGGUCAAUCUCGUCGCCGGAGGACUGCUGGAUAUCACUGAUGCUUCAGCCUCUACGCCCAGGGAGGUGUUUGACCAUAUCAAGGGCGUGACGCCAUUGAGAAAGGUGACGACUCCGGAUGAUCUGGCUGGUGCUGUCCUGUUUUUUUGCCAGUCCAUGGGCAAGUGGCAUCACCGGACAGCAGCUCGUGGUAGAUGGUGGACUCGUGAUGAACUGAUGGCACCAGGCAGGAUAUUUCACCAAAUUUCAUUAUAAUUUGGCAACCUGAGGUUCGGGUUGGAUUUCAAUCACAGCUUUGCCGUAGACUUUCCUCGCUGCCAGAUCAUCUAGAGCCGCUGGGAUGCUCUCUAGUCCAGAAUAUGAUCCAUAUAUGACGGGUUGGAUGUUG